UAGAUUAAUUAAGAAGAAUGGAUAGUAGCUGCGAAUUUGAAAGCCCAAGCGGGCCAGAGAAUAGAGAUUAUAUUGAAAAGAGAAAAAGGAUAAACUAUUCGCCGGAGUCAGUCACCAUUGCAAAGAAAAGUGCUCUUAUUAAAUAUUUCGAUAACCAAACUGUAAACAUUGAUUUGGAUGAUUCAAGAGACAUCCGGGACCAAAGACUCAGUAUAAAUAACGAUAUGACACUCUCUCAACCCCCUACUAAUAACAAGCACACUAUUAAUCCCCACCAGGUGACUCAUAAAAGCGUGAUGUAUCGCCGAGCUUCGAAGUUAAAGACUAUUUCAAACUCUAUAAAAUCAACUAAAUAACAAAUUCUACUCACUAAAAGAUAGUGUGUAUUCUCAGAUAUCAAAUGCUAGUUUGAUAGAUUACAAGAAGAAGCUACAGUCUCAGAUCAGCUCGAUCAAGGCAGCUGACAUUUUUGAUACCUCGACACGUUACACAGUAUUGAAUGAACCAACUUCUUUGUUGUCAUCAAUUAUCACCAGAAAGAGCUCCCCAUCUUGUAAGAAAUCCAAGGGGCAUGAUGAGUACUCCAGCACAUGUGAGAGAGGAAACCGUAGCCGCAUGAGGUUCAGAUCAGAAGAAAGCAAGAAAACUCCUGGGUUUCUGAAGAAAGACCAAUUUUCACGAGUAAGAUCCAUCCUUCAGAGGAAGAAAAUUAGGAAGAAACUCAGACAAAAGCGGAAGAAUGGUAUCAAUACAAAGGAUUUCACAAGCAAGAAUAAAUACCUGAAUCUAAAGGCGAGCAAGGGGUUUUCAAACAUCCGGUUCAAGAUUGAUCGGGAGAAGAACCCCAAGCUCCAUACAAAGUUUUUCCCUGAACUUGAGAGACUAAAGAAGGCAGCAAGGAUUAAUCUAAAAAAAUUUGAUCAUCUGAGGGAUACAUCACAUUGGGCCAUUAAAAAUAUGGAAAUGAACAAGAGCGCCUAUCACUAUUUUAAUUACCAGAUUAAUCAUAAGACUUUAAAGCCCGAGCCAUUCCCCGAGGAUGGGAAGAGACUGGAGCAGUUAAAAAUUCUGGAUCAUGCUCCCAAACCUACACUUUACUCUGAAGGAACAAGAUUGACUACAUAUUUAAAGAAAAUGCAUGAAAAAUUGGUUGAUGUUAACAUUCAGUAUGAAUUUAAUCUACAUCUUAAGCACAAAGACUGUGAUAUUAAGACAUACAAAGAGCAUUUGGAUUCUUUGACGAGGUCCUUGGCUUACUUAAAGGCACAUCCAGCACCUCUAAAUAUAAAAACUUGUAAUCUAGCAGUGCUUUAUUCAGACCCUUCAAAAUCCCAUUUGCUAGAUCGAUCAAAAUACUACUGAAACCAUGACGACAUCUGCUACAUUGUUAACACUUUGUUCCAGUAUAGAGAAUUCUUAAUGUCCAAGUGAGAAAUUGUAGCCCCAAUUCAUGAGAGGUGAUUAUUGUCUCUCAAAAAGUUGCUAUUUGACACUCAGAUGCCUCAUUUGUACAAGGACUUGAAAGAGACCCACUCAGAUUGCACUGUUGACAAUACUGUGCACCUGAUCUUAAAGAUAAAAUACCUUCUACAAGUGAGAGCUCUUCUAUUAAGAAUUAUUAAAGAAUCCUUGCUUAAAGAACAAACUUUGGUCUGACUUAAGAAGCUUCUUCUGUGUGGAAAAGUUGAUGAUGAUAAUCUCAGGAUCAUGAAUACCCUCGUGGAGGACUAUGAGAAUCCUCCUGUAGAGAGUGUUGUCGACUAUGAAGAUCCAGAGAACACUUGAUUAGACUUAUAAUUUUUCCAAUUCUAUCAAUCUCACUA